CUUCGUUUUUCUCUCCAUCCAAUCUCAAUCUUACAGGCACACUUCAAUUUUUUUAUUAAAAAGAAAAAACGUAAGCAGACAGAGUCUUAUGUUUAUGUUUUGUUUGUUACUAUACAUCAAAAGAGAAAACCAGAGCUCUGAUUAGGCCAAAAAAUUCAUAGAAACUUUUUUGGAAGAAAACACAAGAGGUAGUGGGGAUGGAUGUGAGGAAAAUAGUGAUAAUAGUAGAAGAUGUAGAGGUAUCAAGAACAGCUCUACAAUGGGCUCUUCAUAAUCUCUUACGUUAUGGAGAUUUAGUGACACUUCUUCACGUUUUCCCAAAUUUGAGAUCCAGAAGCAGCAACAAACUUAGGCAUCUUCGUCUCAAAGGUUUUCAAUUAGCUCUCUCUUUUCAAGACCUUUGCAACAAUUUUCCCAACACCAAGACAGAGAUUGUGGUCACUGAAGGAGAUCAAGAUGGUGGGAAAAUUGCUGACAUGGUUAGACAAAUUGGAGCUUCAACUCUUGUUGUUGGACUUCAUGAUCAUAGCUUUAUCUACAAGAUGGCCAUGGCCCAUAACAGUAUAGCUAGCAAUUUGAAUUGCAAAGUACUGGCCAUCAAGCAACCAACACAAUUGAUAACCACAACCAGGAAAAGGACUAUUUCUUUACCUAACAGUUCAACCAACAUGGACUUGUCACAAAUUGAAAUUGCUGCAUUGAGUGUCCCAAUAACUGAUCCACCAAGGAUUCCAUACCAAGUUUGUCCAGACCCGAAUGCCAUUAUUUGGAGAAAAGGGAGAUCCAGAAGAUGGGCAAGAAGAGAUUAAAAAUCAAGAAUUAUGUAUUAUCUGCUGUUAUUCAUCAUUUGAUGACAAAAGUGGAAUUUGUUAGUUUGACUUACAGGGCAUAGAACAAAGACCAAAAAAAAAAAGUUUACAA